CAACACAGCAUGAUUAUCAAGAAGCCUGAAUCAUAUCCCCAUGUGGCAGGCCCUGAAAUGCUAGGUGAGUCAAGAAGACCAAAUCUGCUUUAUCCUCGUUGCCAUCAUAAUUCUCCUCUCCAAGACCUUCAUCAUCGGGUCCCGGACAAACCAACUAUCCAAUUUUGCGGAUGAGCCAUGAUAUCUGCCGGCAACCGACGGGAGGAGGACCUUUUAAUUGAACAAACGAGCCCAAAGUCCAGUAAUAUCUCUGAGACCCUGGAUGUUGCCCACUCUAAUAUUGAUGACACUUUCUUCCUGGCCGCAGCUUCCGGCCGUAGGAAACAUGUUCAAAUUUCCUUUGAAAUGCCAAGAUGUCACAGAAAAGUGCCCAUACUGGCGUUGCAUCAUUAAGGAAUAAUGUCUCAAGUCCGAUACCAUAACAAUAACAUGGAGAGCUGUCGCUUGAUUGGUGGGUUCCUUUUGAGAUCUCAGCUCACCCACUGAGCAGAAUGAUUGCUAUUGGUACUGUAUUGAAGGACGGGGGAGAGGAAGUGUCAAUUCAGUUGGAGACUGGAAGGUAGGGAUGUCAUUAGACUGUGUUAGCAACCCUGGCGGUUGCAGUAUUGCUGUUGCUGUUGCUGUUGCAGUUGCUUAUCUCCGUCUUAACAAGACCUUGGAGGUGUCAUUAAGAUUAUUAUUAAUAUGGGAUCUAUCAAAAUCAAAACUUGCAUUGAGUAUCGUAUCUAGGGAAGUACAUACAUAAAUAUAUAUAAAUGAACUCCUUCCCUAAUCAGAAUGCAGUUAACCUCAUUAUCGCCCGUCCAUAGAUUAGGUGUUUAUACCCCAACCUCCCCCCUUCGUAGAGGAGUCGAUAAAAAAUACCAGGUUCGGCGGAAGACUGCGGAAUAGUUAUAUUUCGAUCUAUCUCUAGUAAAUCCCCCAAUUAUGGAACCCUACUCUAUCAAUCCAGAAUGCCAGUCGGAGAACUCCCAGAAACUUCAUCCACCAGUUCGACGUCUACAGCACGGCAGGCAUACAAACACAUUGCCUCCCAACCCAUCCAUGGCGUUUUCAUCAUCCCCAAGCAACUCCCAUCCCAUCCCGCGGUCACUGCUAAUGAGGUUUCAUGGCGGCGGCUUCUGCGAAGGCGAGGCUGAGGCUUCGAUGAGACCAUUCUUUCUGGAACUGGCACUCAAGCACGGCGCUGCAAUUCUCGCGCCUGACUAUCGGCUGCGUCCUGAGCACGAGAUCGUAGGUGGCCUUGAGGACACGCGCUCUUUCUGGAAAUGGGUUGAGCUCCAAAUGCCCACAGUUCGUCUCCAAAUCUCUCCCGGGCCUCGAACCGUAUCUGAACAGUCUACUCCCAGCUUGCCCAUCAAAGCUCUUUUUCUACAGUACCCGGCACUCGAUCUGGGUGCUCUUUGUCUUAUGCCUGAGACGCGGGUCGAGGAGGCUGCCAAGGCACGUGAGAUGUUUCCAUAUUCCUUGGUUAAACCGGGGAAUAUCUGCACGCGAGCCAAGUUCGGUAGCAGGCAGGGGGAGCAUUAUUUGGCACAUUGCUGAUGACUAAUCAGCUUUGCGGAUCUGAUGGUCAGUUUGGAAGUUGGUUGGAAAAUUACCCCUGAUUCUGCUAUAUCAUUUGAAGGAGGAUGAGCUGAUUCCUUGGCAAUAGAUAGAAGCAUGGACAGAGGAAGCUGAAGCCAGAAGUGCCUCUGCAUUUGACAUACCAGACUGGCGAGCAUUCCUUCGACCAUAACGACACCAUGGCCACGCCAUGGCUGUAAGAGCUGUUGGAAUUUGUCCAAAAAUUCUGGCCUGCUCGAUACAAUUAGUUUUUACAUCCUUUAGAAUAUAGAUGCGCACCCCUAUAUCCCCAAAUACAAUAUACCUUGUGCCACCUUAUGUUCCAAAUGAGAUUAGAGGCGACUCUUCUGCUGGACAUUUUAACACACAUCUGUCAGAGCCAUAUCCAAAUGAAACCUGUUGUCAACGCAGAACUAACUGAUGUUUCGGGCUGAGCAACUCACUCCCCGCCAAAAUGCCUCUCACUGAUUGUUACAUCACGAGCUUCAAAUCAGCCUGCCGCUCUCUCCACUACCGCAUAAGGUUCAUGUCUUAAAUGGUCUGCCUCGCGAUAGACGUCGUUGCCAACGUCGAUGCAGGCACCACAUCAAACCCCACCCUUGACCCCAACAGAUUUCCAUCUCCAUUACCGCCCGUCUUGCACAUAUCACCCGCAUUCAGCCCCAUCUGGAAACAACCUGGACAAAAUGACAUGAUGACUAGGUCGACCGAGACGAGCUCGUCGCACUCUGGACCGUUUAAACAAGGACAGACAUAGGAUCUGCCAUGAUGCCGACAGAAUUCGUAGACUUCUGUUACUUCUUCGCACAUUUUUUUGCUCCUUCUUCGCUUUCAAUUUUAACGGGAGGAUAUGUGGUAUGUAGUGUUUUAACAAGUGAUUUGCGAGUAGCUGAUGAAAUCUGAUGAAGUAGUUUUGUUGAAAAGGGGGGAGAAGGGGGGGGGAAUAGGGUGCAAGUGUCCGCGGGUUAUGUUUGGAUGGAUGGAGGCGUUCACCUGGUGAUAUAAUAUUUCUGACUGGAUGUUGCGAAGUUAUAUAAAUAUAACUAUUUAGUUACAUGUAACUUAAAAGAAUGUUCGAUGUUUGAGUGAAAAGAAAGACAAAACAUCUUUUCAUUCAAGUUGAUAUUGCUGCUUUGUCGCCCCCUUCUUCAUGGGAGCCAGAGUGUUGUUGUUACCUUAAGAGGGUAUCCUUUGGUGGACAUAUGGAAGAUACAGAAAGGAAAAUACUACCUUCUUCUUCAUUCUUCUGAGAGUAUCCAAACAAUGGAUGAAGAUCUGAAAAUCUCAGUCAUUAUUUCAGGCCCUGAGAGUCUGCGGA